CAUUUCUUAGAUUCUCUGUUGACGCUCUGUUCACAUCCGACCACAGGUGUUCAGGUUACAGCUGCUAAUGCUAGCGUGACGUCACUGCUCCGCAGCAAACACACGUGUGUUGUCAAUGUGACAGUGGCCGUUUCUCAAUAUCCAUACUUGUGCGUACUUGCGAAAACGUCAUCAGCCUCAGUCCAAGUGCUGUUCCAAUUCUCAAGUAAGCGAACAGCGAGGACGGUUCUCAAACCCGGAAGUGUUCUCGCUCCGCCCAUCUUCUGCAUCGGAGGACCAGGACCAGGAGCCGGAGCCAGGAUCAGGACCAGGACCAGGAGGAGGACGAGGAGCAGCGGGGACAGCACCACCAGCCCCACUACCAGCACCACCAGCCCAACCAGCCCCACCAGCACCACAAGCCCCACUACCAGCACCACCAGCACCACCACCAGCCUCACUACCAGCACCACCAGCACCACCACCAGCCCCACUACCAGCACCACCAGCACCAUCAGCCCCACUACCAGCCCCACCAGCACAACCAGCCCCACUACCAGCACCACCAGCCCCACUACCAGCACCACCAGCCCCACCACCAGCACCACCAGCCCCACCAGCACCACCAGCCCCAUCAGCACCAGCACCAGCUGCCCCAGCAUCAGCAGCACCACCAGCCCCACUACCAGCACCACCAGCACAACCAGCCCCACCAGCACCACAAGCCCCACUACCAGCACCACCAGCCCCACUACCAGCACCACCAGCCCCACUACCAGCACCACCAGCCCCACCACCAGCACCACCAGCACCACCAGCCCCACUACCAGCACCACCAGCCCCACCAGCACCACCACCAGCACCAGCUGCCCCAGCAUCAGCAGCACCACCAGCCCCACUACCAGCACCACCAGCCCCACUACCAGCACCACCAGCACAACCAGCCCCACCAGCACCACAAGCCCCACUACCAGCACCACCAGCACCACCACCAGUCCCACUACCAGCACCACCAGCACCAUCAGCCCCACUACCAGCCCCACCAGCACAACCAGCCCCACUACCAGCACCACCAGCCCCACUACCAGCACCACCAGCCCCACCACCAGCACCACCAGCCCCACCAGCACCACCAGCCCCACUACCAGCACCACCAGCCCCACCAGCAGCACCAGCAGCACCACCAGCCCCACUACCAGCACCACCAGCCCCACUACCAGCACCACCAGCACAACCAGCCCCACCAGCACCACAAGCCCCACUACCAGCACCACCACCAGCACCACCACCAGUCCCACUACCAGCACCACCAGCACCAUCAGCCCCACUACCAGCCCCACCAGCACAACCAGCCCCACUACCAGCACCACCAGCCCCACUACCAGCACCACCAGCACCACCAGCCCCACCAGCACCACCAGCCCCACCAGCACCAGCACCAGCUGCCCCAGCAUCAGCAGUACCCAAGGGAUGAACUCAUCGGUGGAAACCAUCUCUGAUAUGGAACUGGUCAAUAUCACCACUGACAAUGCACCGGACGUGGUGAAGACAAUUGAGUGUUUACUACACAAUGAGUCCACCAUCGGCUACCAGGCUCUGGUCACAGUUCUCAACAAGCUGGUGGACGUCAUUCAUGUCAGUGUGGUCACUCCAGACCUGGAGUCUGACAACAACACGAUGCCAUUUACUAACAGUAUUCUAAAUAUCAUGGAGACUGUUGGAGACAUGUUGGUCGGAUACAAUGGUUCCUGCUCUGUGGUUGCACCGGCCAUUGCCAUCUCAGUGGUGGACAUCGUUCCGUCACAAUUUGACAAUUUGACGUUUGGGGUGUCGUUUCAUAGCGGAGACACAAUGCCCGAGAUCUUUAUCAACAGGAAACCCUUAAACAAUACGGUGGUCACCAUAUCCCUGCCGUCCAUCAUCCGUCACAGUUUCCCACAGGUCGGCCCAAACCAGAGUCCACCAAGAAUCCAGUUUCAGUUCUAUGGAAUCCCAACACUCUUCCAGAGCAACCAAAAGGAUCAGAUCCUCAACACCUUUGUAGUGUCGGCCAGUGUGACCAAUGCCAUCUCACCAAUCAAGGACCUUGACGAGGAGAUCCAAAUCAUGUUCCAUCAUCUCACACCCAAUACACUCCACAAGGACUUACAGUGCGUGUUCUGGAACUUCAAUAAAAGCAACGGACACGGAGGUUGGGACAACCACGGCUGCAGAACAAACUACAGCAACUCCAACUACACCACGUGCCUGUGUGACCAUCUCACGCACUUUGGAGUUCUCCUGGACGUCUCCAGGAAUCCGGUGGAUCCAUAUAAUGAGCAGAUCCUCACCAUUAUCACCUACAUUGGCUGUGGAGUCUCAUCACUGUUCCUGGGAAUCACUCUCCUCACCUACACAGUUUUUAAGAAGCUCCAUCAAGACUACCCCUCUCAGAUCCUCAUCAACCUCUGCCUGGCCUUGCUUGGCUUAAACCUGGUCUUCCUGGCCAACUCCUGGUUGUCCUCUUGGGAGGUGUAUGGCCUUUGUGUCGCUGCAGCGUUCACACUGCACUACUUCCUCCUCGCCGCAUUCACCUGGAUGGGAAUAGAGGCCAUUAACAUGUACUUUGCUCUUGUCAAAGUCUUCAACAUCUACGUGCCUUUGUAUAUCCUAAAGGUCUGUGCUGUGGGAUGGGGGCUUCCUCUGAUGAUCUGCAUCACGGUGAUCAGCGUGAACAUGGACGCUUAUGGCAGUCACCUCUAUGCAGACGCUCAGCCCGGCUUAAACUUGAUAGACAACUCUAGUGACUUCUGCUGGCUCCAGGACAACGUGGCGUAUUACACGUCAGUGGUUGCCUACACUCUGCUGGUUUUGCUCUUCAACAUUGUGAUAUUUGUGACGGUCCUUGUUGAGCUUCGUCGCCUGCGAGUCAACAGUCCGCCCGGAACCCACAGUAAAGUGAUGCAGGACCUGAAAGUAGUUGCCAGUCUGACCUUGUUGCUUGGACUAACAUGGAUUGCUGGCUUCUUUACCUGGGGCGGAGUAUUUGUAGUGUACCUAUUCUCUGGACUCAACAGCCUGCAAGGUCUUUUCAUCUUCCUUUUUCACUGUGUGAUGAAGGAAAAAGUCAGGCAACAGUGGAGGAUUCACCUUUGCUUUGGUCGCUUUCGACUCAAGGAAAGCUCUGAGUGGAGCACCUCUGCCACAAGUGGUACUGUGGUUGAUCCCAGAUUUAAUCCUCCAAGAGAGUCAGUACCAUCAGGCCACGCGGUGAAGUCGAGUUCCAAAGAAAGCACGUCGGCCUGAUCCGACUCCAGCCAGCGAGACUAAAUCUAGGUGAGGAGAGCAGCGCGCCAUCCUUCCAUCACUCAUAACCACCUUUGUGUCUGAAAAACAGAUUAUGACAAAGAUGAUUCAAUUAAAGUUCACUAAAAUAUAAAAGGCA